AAUAAUAAUGAUAAUAUAAUUUUUGGGUUUUUUGCCUAUGCCUUCCUCUGAGGCUGAGAGAGUGUGACUUGAUGAAGUUCACCCUUGUGAGUUUCCAUGUCUCCAAGGCAUCUCCCACUUAUUGUGAAUUUAUCCAAGGGUUUUCUGGGCAAGGUUUGUUCAGAGGGUUUUCCUCCCCCUCCUUUGGCUUUACCUUUGAGGCUGAGAGAGUGUGGCCUGCUCAAGUGGGUUUGCACAGAAUUCGCACUCAGGUCUCCAGAGACGCAGCCCAGUGCUCAACCCACCUCACUACUGUUUUUGAGGCUGCACAGCAAUCUGCUUCAACAAUAUAGGAAAGCCUGUGGACCGAAGGCUUCUCAUUAAUCCACCAUAAAGGAACAGAAACCAGGCUUUCAUAUUAUAUAGAAAUAUAAUCUGCCUGCUUGUAACAAGCUUUACCUUCUUCUGGGGCUGAGAGAGUGUGACUUAACCAAGCUCACCCUCCAUGGCUCUAAGGCGUUUCCGACUUCUGGCGACCCUAAAGUUUUCUGGGCAAGAUGUGACCCACUUCCUGUAGCCUCGCAUGGUGAGCAUGAUGUUCCCAGAGCUGGGUGACAGUGAAGGUGAAGAGCUACCAGUCUUCCCAUUCCUAAGCCAGCAGCCAGCUGCCAUAAAAAACCCUGGCCAGCCUUCUGCAAAUGAGGAAGUGAUUGAACUUAGAAGUUCAGACUCUGAGGGUUCAUCUGCUCCUUCUCCUGCUUGGAAAAAGUCUCGUGGUCCCCAAGAGAUAGCCCGGGCUGCCACUCAUCGGAAUGUGAUGAGGCAGCACAGUAGUGAGAGCGAAGAUGAUGAGGAGGAGAUUGUUCCCUUGGCCGAAAGGCUCAAGAGGAAGCUUUUGGCUACUAAGCCAUCUGCAGAUGGAAAUUCAUUUACUAGGAUCCUAGAACGGAGCACUGAAGACUCAACUGGAGGCAAUAGGCUUUGUUCCAGCAAUGAGAAAGGGGAGACGUCACUUCUCAGAAGGCCAUAUUCCCAGAAGAGAGUUGUAGCCAGUACUUGGGAGUUGUCAGACAGUGACCUGGAACCAGCUUUCUCAGAACCUGAGAAGCAGCCUGUGCUCCAACCUCCAGUUAGUGCUUCUGACUCACCAAUGAAAAAUGUCAGCCACCGGGUGAUGGGGAUAAGCCUGCAACCCUUGCCCCUUCAAGCCAAUACAACUGAUAGCCAGGAGGCACUUGAUCAAGUGCACAAGGCUGCCUUGCAGAGGAGAAAGGAGCGAGUAGCUCGGAAGGCGCUACAGGAGCAGGAGCAGGCAAGGAAGAAGGUCUUGGCCAACCUGUGGAAAGCGCAGAGACCAGAUCAGUGUCUGAAGCACAUUCAAGUUAUCUUGGAUCCAGGUCUUUUACAGGUUGAAGGGGGUGGACAGGUGCUGACUACUCUGCAGACCAUGGAAUGUAGCUGUGUGAUUGAGAGCCAAAAUGUUCCCUGCAGUAUCACCUGGAGAAGGAAGACCAGGCUAGCUCAGGUGGAACAAGAUGACCUGACAGAAGAACCCAACCUUCUAGUUUUGGUGCUGCUAGAAGAAUUUCUCACCAUGAUUCAUAACUCUAAGCAGGUUAGCAUGGAAGGACCCGCUGAGACUCUACGGACUUUUGUGGCAAACAUCAUGCAGAAAAUGCCUGGGAAAACCCUGGCAUUGGCUGUAGUAGAACUAGAAAAAUACUUCAGUUCUCACAAACACAAGUGCCAGAAGAAAGUGAAGCAAGCAGUGCAGAGUGGCGGUAUGGCACAGGAGCAAGGCAGGCCAAGGAAAUGGAGAGGGAAGGCAGACCCAGUCCUGGAGCUAUCCAGAGUGGAUGUGGAAGAAGCCUUGGUGGGUUUGCAACUUCACACAAGUGUCCAGGUUCAAAUUCUUGAGAGCUGGAAGGAGUUUGCUGAUUUUGCCAGUAUGUUUACCAAGGCUGUGGCUGAAGCACCAUUCAAAAGGGAACGUGACAAUACCGGCUUCUCCUUCUGCCUAGAGGGGGAUUGGAUUUCAGGUUCGAAGGUGGACCGCUCUGGAAAAGGGUUGCUCCAAGUUUGGAAGAGGCAGAUUCAGCAAUUCAACCGGGUUGGUCUAGAAGUGGCAAAUGCUAUUGUAGCUCAGUACCCAUCCCCAAUGCUGCUGAUGGAGGCCUAUCAUCAGUGUUCUUCUGAACAAGAGCGAUACAACCUUCUUCGGGAGACACCUGUUCGCCGGGGUGAUGGUGUGACAGCCACUACAAGGCGAGUGGGCCCAGAUCUUUCAAAACGGAUUUACCUGCAGAUGACUUCUCAUAAUCCUGAUCUUUCCCUGGAUAUUACUGGAUGAUCCUAAACCCUGGAUUUAAAAACUGACUUUCUUGAGACUAUCCAUUUUUUUCAGUUUGGGGAAGACAUGUAUUAAGGGAAGUACGUACAUUAAUAUUUGGAGCCUACAAAGGAGAACUUUUCCCCAUCCCUUCAGGAGUCCUUUCUGGGCAACCUCAAGGUUUUUCAUUGUCAAAGAAAUACCUAAACAUUAAAGAUUUCAUCUUGCAUAGCUGUUCUUUUAAAAAGUAGACGUUAUCUCAAUUUCUGAACACAAAUUACAGUAUAAAGUGAAUGCCUAUAUAUCUACCCACUGCUUAUUACAGAAAUGUAUGAUUAAAUAUCUGAACACUGUGGUUCUGUUAUCAACAUGAAUCUUACUGAGUGUGCAGAAUAUUCUCGGUUUACCCCACAACUCAUAAAUCUUUAAGCAAUGUGUUCUUUUCUGCCUAAGAACCUGAAGCCGCCUCCAAAACACGAAAAAUUAUGUAUAACUGAGAGAGGUGUGUAAAUACUUGAAGACAUAAUUAUGCACUUGAAGCAUUUAAUAAACAGCAAUUACUAAAGGAAAGGUAUUCUGAGUUGCAGCCCACUAGAGGUCUCCUCCCACCCCCAAAACAGAUGUGCAAGACUAUUCCUAUUACUUAGUAAGAUUGGUAAGUAACAUCCUCACUAAGCAUCUUUUGCACAACCCCAGCAUCCCAAAUAAGCCCAAGUAAAUGUUCAAACAUGAAAUGUACUUCCUCUAUUGUUGCCCUUGAGAUAAGUUUACCUUGUAAGUGCCUCCAAACAAAGCCUGCAGUGUUUAGUCACUCUGGUCUUACAUAGCCUUAAAGGUAAUAAGACAUAGGAUUUCUUAGGACUACAGCCUCUUGUCAGAAAAAUGUGUACAGAAUAUAUAUUUGUGACCAAAACAACAGCAGUACAAGUUGAGUCUUGGGAUAAGGGCCAGAGAAAAGGAAAACUGGCUGCUUAGUCUUCAGGUGAAGUCAGUAACUAAAAAAGCAAUGCCAGCUAGAUAAAUUUUUGAAACGACUAAUGUGACAUUUCUCAAUGUGAGCUAACAUAUAAGAAAUAUCACUUGGGAACAUGGACAGAACUGCAUCCAGAUUGUUUGUAAGCAAUUCAGAAUGUAAAAAUAUAUUCUUAUUUUUAAAAAUUACAUUAUUAAUAAAAUAAUGCAUUAUUUCCUAAUUUUUGUGUUGCAGAAUUCACAAGACCUUGCCAGCACACUGCCUAGUUGAUACAACAAAGAUACAAUGAGGCAGAUUUUAAGAGAUGUAGACGUACAGUCAGAACUUCCACAACACUGUUCAGUCAGCAACUACAAUAUAUAAAAACAACAUACAGUAUUUCCGCCCAUAGAUCAAAAAUAUAGCUGUUGAGCAUUAGUUAUGAACCAUUAACCUAUAUGUCAUCAGCUUCACUCUCCACUGUAUCAGUAUAGUAGUGUAGUACUAAUUCUCCAAAUUAGCACGUACUUGCAGUAGCAAUAACAUUCAAGGAUUAUACAUAAAAGUUUCUUAAAAUGACAAAAUGGAUUUCAUGGCAGGCUGUUAAGGAAAUGAACUCUACUUUAGAGACCAAUAGCCUGCAUUCUGCAGCCCUGAAAACACUCCGCUAUGGAGGAGAAAAAUAAGUUCUCAUUUACGUUAGGAAUGGAAGGGGGGGAGAUACUGGCAGUUCUGCUCUGUUGAUGUAGGCUAUGCUCAAUGACUUGUCAGCAAUUUUCAGAGCUCAAUUCCAUAGGAAUCCUAGCUGUGCUGAUGUAAAACCAGCAGGAGAUACUGUCAAAGGAAUAGUCCUCCAGAGCCGAGACAGUGUUAUUAUUGUGAGUUUGGCUGCAGUAUAUUCUGAAGAGUUUCACGGCUUUGUAAAAGGGUUAGUGUAUCUUCAUAGAGCAUGUUCACACUAAUGCAGGCAGGUUGGUGCUGCAGCUCCGUAAUCCUGCAAAUAGCCAAUGUACUCAAGGCACCUAGUAGCAGAAGCAGCAGUAUCUUCACUAAGACUCUGGACCAGGAGCGUUUGUGUUGGGGUGCAUGUGAUGGGUGGGAAACUGAGAGUUCUGUAAAAAUAAAGGAUAGAUAAGAAUGAGAUGAAAGAGAUUAGAAUACCAGUUCUUUUUAGUACAAAAUAAUCCCAUGCUGAGCAGUCCCAUUAAACCCAAAGGACCAGUUCAGUAAAAAUCUACUGCAGGCACGGUCUUCUGUUAAUGCCUGAGCCAUUUAAAUUGUAUGACACGUUGGUGUUCACAUGAUUUGGAAUCUCCUUGCCAAAUAUGAACAGGGUAACCAACACUUAACUUGUAAAACCAAAUGGGAUUAGUUUAGGCAACAAAGCCCCUCAGAAAAAUGCCAUUCCCAGCAAGGUUUUCAAAAGUGGGAUGAAGCAGACAGUAAACAGUUACAUUUUAUUAAUUUCACAGGCAAUUUUUGUAACUCCUCAUUUUCAGGAUUUGGGGUACAUUAGGGCUCUGAAAUGUCCUCUCAUCGUAGAAAAUUCAGAAAGCAGAGGAAUGAAAAAUGCCUUUUGAUGUUUCUGGAGAUUUUUAGGCAAUUGAUUUCUUUUUUAGAGUCUGACGGUUUGAAAAAUCUCUGGAGAGGUAAAAUUUAAUCCAGGAGCCACUAGUUUUAAUGUUAUAGUGGGACAUUUUGCAACCUAGUGCAAUCUGUAGAAGUUCUAGGAGGCCAAAAUGUGACUCCUGGUUUUUACCCACUCAUGAUUUAUCAGAAAAGGAGAGGGGAUAUCUGGAUAUAAAUGUGGAGUGCUUCCACUGGUUGUUGUCUGAAACUUGUUCAGAAAUAAAAUUUUCUUUCACUAGACAUCCAGCACAGUGAUGUGUGUUUUUAAAAAAUGGUAAAUCUGCUACAGUAAUAACUUUCUCUUCCCUCCUUACAGGGGAGAGAAAACUGCAGAGAAUACUGUUUGUGUUAUCAACCUCAUACAUGGGGGUGGGGUUAUUCUCACCCGUUUCUUUCUUUGGUUGUGUUGUCACUUCCUGUUUUGCAAGUCUCAGGGCAUCAUAUUCCUUUCUCCGGCGCUCUUUUUCUUCAGCUUUCUCUCGCUUACGUAAUUCCCUCUCUUGGACUUCUCUUGCUCUCCGAUCUGCUUCACGCUUCUUCUCCAGCUCUUUGUUUCAGCACAAACAGAAAAUGUUCAUUCACUUUAAAAAGCUGUAUCAGAUUAAGAGGUUUGUUUGCUAAAACAAAAAUAUUUAUACUGCCAGUAUGACAAUGGCUGCUUACAGAACAGGUUAAAAAAAUACUACAGUACAGUAUUGCUAUAGGACAGGUAAUAACUUUAUAAUAUCCAGUACAGAUGACAGUGACCACCACAGACAGCUGAGAAUUUUAAAUGCUUAACUGAAGAUAACAAUAGCAGCCAUAGCACCUUCAUUUAUAUACUGCUUCAUACCACCUAAGCAGUCUCUAAGCAGUUUACAACUGUAAACUAAUUGCCCCCAAUAAUCUGGGUACUCAUUUUAGCGACCUUGGAAGGAUGCAAGGCUACCAUGAGCCCCUGGCUCGUAUUGAACUCGCAACCUUGUGGUUUGUGAGUGAGUGGCUGCAAUACAGGCAUUUAACCACUGUGUCACCAGGCCACGUUUUCCACUACAAUUCACAUAUGUGUGAUUGCGAAAUCAUUCAUUCCAAAUGUCUAGUUUUGUUAGGACAGUCUUUGUAUGAAAUCAAUUCAUUCUUACCUAAAAAUAAAGUUUUUAAAAAAAUAGAUUCUGUCACAAAAUAAAUUGUACGUUGCUUGCAUGUUAUGUAUGAUCAUCUAAUUGAUUGGCAUUAUAAACUAAUAUUUUGUUUCAGGAAUAAUCUCAGAAUUUUGCACCUGACCAACAAGGUAGACAGCCCCACAUUCAAAAGAAACCACCUUUCAAGCCUUGGUAGGGAAACAAAUAUUGAUAAAUUAGAAGUGGUGGUUGGGAGAUGUCAGUUGAGUUGAGAAAGUGUUGUAAGUAGUAGGUUCACUUAAACCUCCUCAACCACUAAAAGAAUGCAUGAAGAUGGUCAUGUUGUUAACCUCACCACCACAUGAUGGGGCCCUAUGUGUACACUGAUAUAUGCAUUCACAGUCUCUCAAUAGAAGACAUUCUGUAGCAAUCAGGAAUAGAGAUGUAGAAAUGAGGGGGUUUCCACAGUUUUCUAGCUUUCCCCCCAGUCUUCACCUAUCUAAUCAAGGCUCCCUUUUCAUGUAAGGUACACCCACAGAUUGGUUCCUGCCCAUACACAUACAGUUCAUUGACCACAGAUUGAUUACCCCCUCACACCAUGUAUUUACUACCACCUAUGUUAUCUUUAUUAUAAAUUGAUUUUAAAACUCUUUUAAUUGUAACAUAUUUAAUUCUUUUUUAAGAGGGGGAUAUUGUAAUUUUAUGUAUUAUCUCCAUGUAUUUUAUUGUUGUAACCCACCUGGAUUCCUUGUGAUUGGGCGGGCUAUAAAUAAAUCAGCAGCAGCAGCAGCAUUAUAAUAUUGUAUGUGGACGUUUUAGUGUGAGCCGCUCUGAUUGUCUUGCUACAGAAGAACAGAAUCUAAAUAAAAGUUUUGUUAUUUA